CCUCCUCCUCCUGGUCCUGGUCUUGUCAGGCUGUUGGAGGCCCAGCUGCAGACUCAGUCCAGACAACACAAAGACGAACUGGAGGCUCUUCACACUCAGAUCGAGCUGCUGAAGGACGACAUCGAGAAGAAGCAGGAGAUCCUCAACUACACCAUGUCCCUGUCUCCUGAGGCUCAGGUGGAGUACAGCGUCCAGCAGGAGAUCACCCGGCUCACCAACGACAACCUGGACCUCAAGGAGCUGGUGGAGAAACUGGAGAAGAACGAGCGGAAGCUGAAGAAGCAGCUGAGGAUCUACAUGAAGAAAGUCCAGGAGUUAGAAGCCUCUCAGGCUGCAGCCGUCACCGGCAGGUCCAGACCUGAGCUCAGCCGGCAGGUCACCGUCCAGAGGAAGGAGAAGGACUUUGAGGGGAUGUUGGAGUACUACAAGGAGGACGAGGCCCUGCUUAUCAAGACCCUGAUCACUGGUAAGACUGGGUCUGAUCCCAGCCCAGCACGGGUGUCGGCGACCGUCCCCUGCCUCCCGGCUUACAUCCUCUUCAUGUGCAUCCGCCACGCCGACUAUAUCAACGACGACCAGAAGGUGGAGUCUCUUCUCACCUCCACCAUCAACGCCAUCAAGAAGGUCCUGAAGAAAAACAACGAUGACUUUGAGAUGACGUCGUUCUGGUUGGCCAACACCAGCCGCCUGCUGCACUGUCUGAAGCAGUACAGCGGAGACGAGGUGUUUAUGACUCAGAACACGGCCAAACAGAACGAACACUGUCUGAAGAACUUCGACCUGGCCGAGUACCGACAGGUGCUGAGCGACCUCUCCAUCCAGAUCUACCAGCAGCUCAUUAAGGUGGCGGAGGGCAUCAUCCAGCCCAUGAUAGUGUCGGCCAUGUUGGAGAGCGAGAGCAUCCCCAGCCUGGCGGGCGUGAAGCCGAUGGGCUACAGGAACCGAUCGUCCAGCAUGGACACGGACGCCGGCGGCCCCACCAGCUACACCCUGGAGGCCCUGAUCAGACAGCUGGGCCAGUUCCACGGCACCAUGAGGGACCACGGUCUGGACCCAGAGAUCGUGGGUCAGGUGGUCCGACAGCUGUUCCACUGCAUCAACGCCGUCACCCUCAACAACCUGCUGCUGCGCAAAGACGUCUGCUCCUGGAGCACCGGCAUGCAGCUCAGGUACAACACCAGUCAGAUGGAGGAGUGGCUGAGAGGAAACAACCUGUAUCAGAGUAAAGCUGCAGCCACGCUGGAGCCGAUCAUUCAGGCCGCUCAGCUGCUGCAGGUCAAGAAGAAGACGUCUCAGGACGCAGAGGCCAUCUGCUCGCUCUGCACCGCCCUCACCAUGCAACAGAUUGUGAAGAUCCUGAACCUCUACACGCCUCUGAACGAGUUUGAGGAAAGAGUCACUGUGUCCUUCAUCAGAAACAUCCAGAACCGGCUCCAGGAGAGGAACGAUCCUCCUCAGCUCCUGGUCGACACCAAACACACCUUCCCUGUCCUCUUCCCCUACACCCCCUCCGCCCUGAGCCUGGAGACGCUGCACAUCCCUGCCUCCCUCGGCCUCGACUUCCUCAUCAGAGUCUGACGUCUCCACGAGAUCCACUACAGACCUGCUUUUAAUCGGACCACUGAGUAGACUGACUCUAACAUCAGCCUGAACCUUGGACCAGCUCUAAAACCUUUAGUCAACAUAUUCCUUCACUAACUCAGCAGGUCUCUGAGGUUCAUCCUCCACAUUCCUCAGAGUAACCCAGCAGAGAGGGUCGGGUCCAGCUUCAGUGUCUGUCCUGGAGGAUGAAGGUCAGUGUGAAGAGUCAGAAAGGUCAGGGAGAGAAAUCAGUCUCUGUGACCAACACGUUUCAGGAUCCACAAACAACAACAAACAAGACUCACAAACAAACCUAAUCAGUAACAUGAAUGAUUCCUCUCUUCUGAUGUCGAAUCACCUGACACAUGUUGUGUUCAGGUGCUGCUGGAAAACAUCCGGCGGUCUGACUGUUUAUUCGGUUCAACAGAACAGAAAAGUUUUGACAAAUUGUCCUUCAGUGGCUUUACAGCUCCUGUCCUGACAUCAACAGUUUUACCAUGAAUGUCACAGGUUUGUAGUUUUUAAUUGUGUUUGUGACAGAAACUUAGUGAGCAGCUGCAGGACUCUGUGUUAGCACCAAAAUAUCAAACCACAGAAUUGAAACAUGUUCAUUCAAGCUGCUGCUGCUGAUCUGUGAACAAACCUCUCAAUGUUCUUUUUAUCCGUGGAUCAUGAAACAUGAAUGAGUCAGAGCGUCUGAGACUAAACUGAUUAGAGGAGGUGAAUAAACGAAGGAGGAGCAGGUUUAAUGAGCAGGUGUGUAAAGGUUGGUUAUUGAUUAAAGAUCAGGAAGGAGGAUGUUUCCUACUAAUCUAAUAAACUAAUCCGUGCUUUCUGCCUUCUUCUGUCUGCAGUGAUCAGGUCUGUGUGGAGUUAGAUUUCUACACUGAUAUACACUCAGUCUUUUUUUGUUUUUAUAUUUCUCUGGAGAAUCCUCACUGUGAUAUUUUCUAUUCCCUUGAUUUUUUCUUUGUGUGAUUUAUAAAAUCCUGUUUUGACACUAAUUAAUGACUAAACUCUGUCAGUCACAUCAUUAUAUCGUCACGUUCCUGAUGAGACCUCGUGCAUCGAUGCUACGAUGGUUUGAGUCUGAAAAUCAUUGCACUUGUAGAGAACACAAAUUCUAACUCAUUAUGUUUAGAUACAAAGUUUAUCUGUUUAUUCUCUUUUUAUGAAGUGGAACUGUAAUAAAGAUGAAGUCGAGAGAUA